AUGGAUCUGUUCGCUCGCGCACGCAGCGUCAUCGACCACCGCGGAGCAUCCGCUGCGACGCGGCGUCAAAGUGUUGAGCAGGACGCGCGUAACACACAGGACGAUCAAGAGCAGGACCAGGAUCGCGUUUUGGGUGGUCCGCAGGCCAAAGUACGCGCUCUUUUGGACGAAAUGCUGGCUAGUGCUUCUUGGGGAGAAAAGGAACACGAGGGAGAAGAGCGUCGCCUGUUAAAUGAGCUGCAGACCUGCGUACUGGACGCCGAGAGUCGCCAAGCGCUGGAGCAACUGCCCAAACGCAUGUGCGCCUACGAAUUCAAGCCUGGAGAUAUCGCAUGGAACUGCAAAGUGUGCCAGGUGGAUGAGACGUGCGUGAUGUGCAACGACUGCUUUAUAUCCAGCGACCACGAGGACCACGAGGUUUUCUUCUAUUACACACAUAGUGGGGGCUGCUGCGACUGUGGAGACACUGAAGCCUGGGCGCCCGAAGGAUUUUGUACACGACACAAGGGAGCACAAGACGCUGAUCCUCUGAGCUUCUUACCGCCAGAUCUGCUGGCAAAUUCUCGGGAAUCUAUCGGUGAAGUGAUGAAAUUGGCGCUGGAUUCUGUCAAAGAGGCCAGGUUCGGCUCCGUGAUUAAUGAAGAUGAUCUCGAGGUCAUGCGCGACAAACUGGGGAGCGAGGCGCCUGAUAGACGCUUUUCGGUUAUUGUGCACUACAACGAGCUGCAGACGUCCCAGGAGUUCGCCACGGCGCUGAAUAAAGCCCACCCUGCCAUUGCUUAUCAAAUGCUCAAGAUCGUCGGUGAGACGUCGUCGCAGAAGCAGAGCACAGUGCGUGCAAAGGCUUCUCGCGAAGAUGUUCUAGAGCUUGCGGCUUCAUUGCACAAGCACGGCAUUGUGACUUCUAUUGUAUCAUGCGACUACAAAGCAAGAGUGCCGCUCAUCAACUCGCUGCUGCAGUGGCUUGCUUCGCUUGCAAACCUUUCUGAUGGUCUUUGUCGACUUAUUUGUGAAAAGAUGUGUGCUGUAGACAGUUUAAAGCACACCGAGAGCAGUAUGGAAGUGGACGAAGCAGACGAUUACCCGAUGCUUCGAGCUGUUAUUAUGGCCGACUCGUUCCUGCCUAAAACCGAGAGCGACGCUCUUCACAGCCUACUGAUGGCUCUCCUGGCCGACCCUCUGUUCAAACAAGCGUUCGCCAUCUCAUUUACGUCGUCGUACCGCCAGUUGUAUCGAGAAUUCGCAGCGGGAGUGGGCAGCUCGACCUCGACGAUAUUAGCAUUCAGCGUGCAAUUUUUCAACCGAGCGACUUUUGUGAAAAAGCUGGUGGCCGAGUACGAUCUGCUGGAAGUGCUGGUUAACUCGGUACUUGAAACUCUGCGCAAGAAACCUAGAACAGACUUUAUCGAUAUUGCGUUCGAGGACACUUGGAAUAGCAUGAUACAUGUGUUGCAUCCAGACCACAACCGAGAGCUCGAUGUGUGGGAUGUAUUUGCGAUGGAGAUCCAGCGCUCGCAAGGCUCUACGUUACGAGAUGUCAAUGUGAGCGCGCUGGUCUUGGAAGCUGAACGUGCAGGUUACCGUAUCAGGCAUCAGAGGAAGAUGUCGCCAUUUCUUAGCUUACCGCCGGAAACUGAACUUACGGGACGGUUCGAGCUAGAUGUCACGUCACCAGUGUUCGUGUACCGCCGCUACAUGUCCGGCUUGCUGGAUCUGCGCUAUGUUUUGCAGAUUGAAGGGAUCUCAGAGAGCUUUGUGCUGGAGAAAGGAGGCUCUCGCUUGGCUCGAUUUCUGCUGUAUCUAGCUUACAUCCAAAGCGCGUGCUCGGAAGCUCGACGAUUCGGAGAUCACGUGGAAAUGGAGUCACGUGGGUGGGUUGUGACGGUGGAAUUUGUAUCGACGACGUCGGAUGUGUCUUCGUGGGUUGUCUCGAACGCCUUCAAGACUGCUGGAGGACCCGAAGCAACGCGCUCCCCGGAGGCAUCGCGGCGUCUAAUUGCAAAGUUAGCAAAACCCAUAUUAGAGGCGUAUCUCUUCUGGUUAGCAUCAAGUGGCAAGUACUUCCCUCCCCCGGACUACCAGGUUGGUGAUACGCUCCGUGCCGACCAGAUCGAGACUGCAGUGUCGUGUCAUUUCCCCCUUCAACGCACAUUCUCGCAGCUGAUUCGUGCGUUAAGUGACUCUGCAUAUGGCCUGGAUAUUUUCUUGUCGAUGGUUCAAAGCCGAGUGCUAGAGGACGAUGAAUCGGUGUGGGUUCACGACUCUGACAGUGCGAUUGGGUUCUGGCAUCGCGUGCAUCUUAUUGAGCCUGUUCUCCAAGCUAUUGUAUGGGACGCUCAAGUGCAUUCUGGCUUGUGGGUACGCAACGGCAUGUCGGUGAUUAAUCACAGUAUGAACUAUGGUGAACCACCUUUUUGUGCGCGAUUUCGCGAUCUGGAUUUGCUGUUGCUGCAGUUUAGCUUUCAAAUCUUGGGUGUUGAUUGGGUGAUGGCGUCAAUCAUGCAGCGGUUUGACGUCGAGGAGUGGUAUGAAGCAGCACAGAGCGCUGAUGCGAAGGAGGCAGAGCUGAUGGUGACCGAGUGUCUGGCACUGUUGUCCCAGCUCGCGUCGGAGCUACCUCCUAAGGUCAUAGAUGGCGACGCGAUGCGCAGUUUGAUCCCGUAUCUGCGUCGAGAAAUCGUCCAGCGUCUGUGUGUCGGUCCCUGCGCUCACAGCGACUUGUCCAAGAUCGCAAACGAGUUUUUCGCCAGUCGCGAGAACCUGUUCCCUGCCAGCUUCUCAGGAGGUCCCGUGCUCGAUCAGAUCUUAAAGGAGGUGUGUGUGGAGGCAGGCUUCUCGGCGUCGUCCGGAUCAGGAGACUCGUCUGCACCGGGUGGAGGCAAAUUCCAGUACCGGUUGAAGCCGGAGCUGUAUGCGGAGUAUAACCCGACAUUUGUGCAUUUGACGCGCAAGCAACAUGAGUCAGCUCAUGAAAAUUGGUUCCAGCACCGUCUUCGUUCGUCCAAGAAGCGAGAGCAAGAGCAAGCAGACGGCAGUCCGAACAACACUCACUCGACUUGGCUUGAUUAUCCGAUGGUGAACAUGUUUUUGCCGUGUCCACUAGGCUUCCGGUUGUCCCGUAUUUCGAUUCUGCACGACGACGUGCGGAGAUUGGUAUAUGAGUCGCUGUGGCGUGCCACGACUGAUGCCCAUAGUAGCCUCAGUGUUCUCUCGCGAGCUGUGCACUUGUUCACAUUGCAGCUGUAUGUUGUGGAAGACGUACGGUAUUUCCAGACGAUGAUUCCUGCCUCAGACGCGGAGAACUUUGAACGUGAGCGCGCUUCCCGGAUAGCUGAUAGCUUCAUUGAGUGGAUUCCUCAAGAACAGCCGAGCUUGUUCUCUAGUGCGGAGCCACGCUGCGCGAUAUUGAAUUUACUACUGAAGCUGAACCCUUGGUCCAGUCAUGGCGGUAGUGCAAGCAUGACGAAGUUGGACGGCGAUCAGAAGCACGAAAUUGGGCGAGGGAUUGAUUGGCUACUGCAUCGACUGUCGCGCAUUAGUCCUGAAUGCCGAAGUGUUGUGGAACAACAUCAAGUAACCGAACAAGAGUCGCGGGAUGAAGCUGCACGCAAGUUGGCGCUGGCAGAAAGACGUAAAGAGGCACAGAUGCGUGCGAUGAGGCAAAUGCAGCAGCGACAAGCAGCUUUUGCUGAGCAGAUGAAGGCGAUGGCAAACGAAGCUGACGCUGUCGGUGAAGAGGAAGUUGGUGUGGAGAGUGAACGCGACAAGCACGCACACAAUGCAACUGAUGCAGUCGGGGACGAUAGUGAUGUGGAAAUGGAUGACAACGAGUCUACGAUGAGUGACGACGUACCCGCCGUGGAGUGCGCUAUGUGUCACUCGGUAAACUCGGAGAACAGCUUUAUGUGCUACGUGGGUUUUGCUCAAUGCUCGCCUGUGCUGUCUCGACUAAAUGGAGGCUCGCAUGGGCAGUAUCUGAGUACACCUAUGGACGAGAUGCACGUCGGUGAAGACAUUCCUGUGCAUGUACGUCUCUGUAGCCACUCGGUGCAUCACAAGUGCUGGGAAUCGUAUCAUACGUCGCAGUUUCAACGUGCAAUUACUGGUGGACAUCAUCGCCACGCUUUGAACGCUGUUGAUGUCACUAAGAAGGAGUUUUUGUGUCCGUUGUGCAAGUCAAUCUCCAAUGUAUUGAUCCCAACAGCAACCGAUGAAGAGAGCAAAGUUAUGUCUACCGUAACGCAGUUAGAGAUGGUUCGCUGGCUGGAACAUGCUGUCGGAAGAAAUACACAGACUCACACGGCGGAUAUGAAUGGCUCAACUGAUAGCAGCGAGGAUGCAAGUGCGAUGCUAUUGGAACAGAAACCUGCUUCGAUCUCGUCUGGUGAUGACGAUCCUGGUGACGCGGUGCAGCUGAACAAGUGGCUGGAGAACGGACUGGCUUCUCUGUGCAUGGCGAUUCACAAGGUGGCGUGCGGGGCGAUGCAGAAGUCACAGCCAGAACGCUAUACCACCUCAGGUUGCAACGCUCUGUUUCACACUUUGCUGUGCUCUUUCUUAGAUACCCACAACACAGAUCAGCUGCGAGAACACCUCUUCUUGGAAGCCAUGCGCUUCCUCCCGUUGAUGCUGAAUCAUGUCAACACACGUCUCCCUCCGAAUGCCUCGGUGGCCCCGACGGAUUUGUACGCGAGGAUCCUGCACUUGUUAUUCUACGGCGGCUCGGAUGUUCUUCCGGAUGGCACAGUGGUGCUGGAGAGUGAACACCCGAGUACACAGACACAAACACGGAAGCAGAGUCAGUGGGGGAAGGUGCGAUGGCCGCAGAAGCCGUUGUUGCUUAAUCACUUGGGAAGUGUGUUGAUGAAGGGUCUGCUACUGGCGAAAAGCGAGGAAGAUGCGGUGUUUAUUGCUCGGCUUGUGGUGCUUGCACGUCUUGUACAGACGCUGUUGUGGUACUCGAUCACACGUAAAGAAGAGUUUACGAAUACGAUGGCAGAUGAUCUCGCUUUCUCGGAGGAAAAUGUGACGUUCUUUACGGCUUGCUUUACUGGCGAGAGCGGUGAAGAUGGAGGUCACCGUGAGGACGCUGUGGGACGCCAGUUAGAGUUACUUCUGGGGACACUUAUGAGGAAAUGUGAUGGCGCUUUCGAAGUGGAGUCGAUUGCAGAUAAACGCCAGCUUCUGAACGUCGUUGCGUGCGAAGUUGUUCCUCUUGCCAAGGUGGCCACAUUUAUGAUUCAGUCGUUGACAGAACGAGCUCGUGUCGGGACUACAGCGGCUUUGAAACCAAUAUUUAUUACGCAAGAAGACGUCGACGCUGUUGGCUUUCAGACUGCUCUCUCCAGACUUGUGUUUGGGUGGGUGCACCGCUUCAAGGCCGCAUACGAAGAAAUGAAUGAUCCACAUGCAGUUCUCCAGCAAUGGCUUACGAAUGCUAACGUGGAUCGCACCCCGAAGCUGAUGCUACCGUCUGUGCUGAGGCGAGACCUUCACACGAUGCACUCGACCAUUUCGGUCUUCUCUUCGGGCGCUAAUCGCACUCGAUAUCUCCGCUCGCUGCCUCGACCGUACGUUAAAUUUUACUCGGAGCUAGCGAAGCGCAAGUGCCAGUCGUGUAACCAGUUCCCGGCACGUCCUGCUGUCUGUUUGCUAUGUGGAAUGCUACUCUGCGCCGCCAAUACGUGUCCAUCGAUCCACUCGGACAAAGGCGGAUAUCCUGAUGAAGCCAAUCCAGGUGCGUGUACCGUUCAUGCCAAGAAGUGUGGGCGAGGCAGCGGCAUGUUCUUGUUGGUGCUCGAAGGUGCAGUGCUGCUUGUGUACUGGAAGCUGGCCGCGUAUGUGGGGAGUCUCUAUGUGGACGAGUAUGGAGAGGAGUUCGGCGAACGCAACCGCGAGCUGAGCAAGGGCCGUCCACUUUACCUUAAUGAGGAGAGACGUGAACGGCUACUGCGUCUGUGGCUACGUCACGAGAUCCCCAAUGAGGUCGUCAAGAUCCAGAACAGCUCCGAGCGUGUCAUCCGGAACAGCCACUACUAA